AUGGCCUCUCAUCAAGCACAACUACAUCGAUCCAAGUCCGCCACAUCAGUCAAAGAACGACGAAAGAACCCACUGCAAGCAACGCCCCAAGAUCCAGAUGCGUCUCGAGCACAUGCCCUAAUCGCCGCUCAUCGGGCAAUGGACCGGACCCGAUCACGCUCAUCUACUGCCCUUCAGCGCACCGAUAGCGCUGCGAGUCGACGCAGCAAUGGUACUAGCCAGCGUGUCCAGUUCUCACCUGCGACCCAGCUUCGGAAGCAGCGAUCUGUACUACAAAGCAAAGCACCUCACCUCGCUGCCGCACUACAAGUACCUCAAGAGCCACGGUUAGGGUACACAUACACUGAGUCAGAUCUGACCGAGUUUGAACCCAUCAUUGAGAACUAUGGCGCUGAGCCGUCGUCAUACCGUCGAAUUCGCCGAACGAAGUCGUUGCUCACACCACGACGUCGCUUCUUCUCCCCACCGAGUCCUCAAAUACCUCGCAAUCGUGGCCCUACACUCCGGAAAUCUACGAGCACCACACAUAUGGACAUUGAUGGCGCAUCUGAGCCAGGCUUUGGUCUGCGGAUCAGAAAGUCGUUCAAUUUUCUUAGGCCAAGCUCCCGCAUUGAUACUCCGGCGAGAGCAGAAACUGUGCCCGGGUCAUACGGUGAUGCUACUGUUCUCCCCCGUGGGCAUUACCUUCACUGUAUGCCACAGCCAACUCCAGAGAGGAAGCCAUCGACGAUCGCUGAGAAGUUCCGCCUACCACGUGUGAAUCUUCGGAGGGCUGUACGCUCUCAUGCCUCCACUGAUCCGCCAGGUAGCAUUGACUCUGAAGUGGCGCUUUCAGAGGCAACGCUUCCGAAGCGGGGCUUCUCUGGCAGCCUGCGGAACCGGUUCCUCAAGGUAUUCAACAAGUCUGCGAGCAGCAGGAAGAGCUCGAUGCCUCCUCAGCAACUCGAUGCCACUCGACGCCACUUCAGUGUGGAGCACGACGACCUCGAACAUUCGUUGAGCUUUGAUGACUAUCAUGUUGAUGAAGACGAUGUCUGCCGCCAGAGCUUUUACGUUCCUCCACUAGACGAUGAGCCUGAUCAUUUCUCGUCGACUCUGGAAGCGUUGAACAGCGGUGAGAGCCUGCGUUCGAACAGUCGCUCACGAGUAACAAGCUGGUCAAACUCAACUUCAACCACGGCCUCGACGGCCCGACAGGGUGGCCUUCAGCAGAAUCGCCUAUCGAUCAUCAAAGAAGACGCCGGCCCUCAUCAACCUUCUUCUUCGGCUGGUCGUCAUAUUGGCGGCAUCAACGUAUUCCAAGACCCUCUACCAGAGACAGAUGAGAACGGCCGACCGCUGCCUAUGGUCGACAGUCAGAGGAUCUAUUCUGCGCUCAUGAAGCGCAUUGGUGAAGAAGAAGCAGAGAUCGAGCACACCGGAGCAGCUCUGCAAGAGAUACACCAGAACAGAGCCAACAGCUACGAUGGAAGUGAAGCAGAUCUGGCUUUCUCCACAAUACGGGCAGUGUCCAAGUCUACACACCACUCGUCAGAUCAGGACGAGGACAAUGACGAGAAUGACAAUCAUGAUAGAGCCAGAGAGCCAUUAUUGCCUGGUGAUCGUAGUGGUACCGGCAUCCAACAUCAAGCUAAUGUUGAGCGGAGACGGGAAUUGCUAGUUGAGCAGCAGCAACAGCAAAGCUUCUUUCCGUUCUCCAGUCAGUACAAGCGGUCGACCCCAAGUCCUUUCAGAAAAAUGCUAGAUGACCGAAAAAGUCAGGAUCGCCUCAGGUCGAUCGAUGAUGCCGAAGAGAGGGCGCCUGUCGUUGUGCCGACUGGUCGUGACAAGACCACACGGCCAUCUAGACGGGCGGCGCUGAGCAGUGAGAGCCUGUACUCCGUAACCACAAACGGUGGCGAGAACGAGGACUACGUGCCACCCAUCGGCAGCAUAGACGACCUGCGAUAUAGCGGUCCUGGCAUGGCUACGAUCAUCUCAGCUCCUGAUACUGACGGCGAAGAGCCCAGCAAGUUGCCGGCGUCGGCCAGCAGCAGUGAGCCAUCCGAUUCGAAGGCAUCCAAGCAUGUCCGUGAGCAUGCCCAGAUCGAUCCCGAUGAUGUGGGCCUUGAUGCAGACAAGACAAUACGUCCGCUACCAAAAGCUGGCAACAUGAAGAGAUAUCCUCUUCUCGAUCUCCAGGACGGCCCGAUGCGCAGCACACCUGUGCCUAAGCGUAGCUCUAGCCUGACGAAGACCCAAAGUGGCCUGCCUAAGCGCAACAGCGUCACCACACUGAAAGAUGGCAAAUCUGACGAGAGCCGCAAGGCUAGCAGUGGUUUGCGCAAAGUCAGCAGUGACCUGCGCAAAAUUAGUCCUGGCAAUAUCGCUCGCAUGCUACGAGAACGCAAGAGUCAGCUUAUGUUGCUCAAGGACGAUGACAGUGGAAAGGAGAACAAGCCGUCGACGUCCAGCGACUCUCCGCCGAUGAGCACACCUGGACGUCUUGGCCUUCAGAUGCGCAGCGGUAACGGCAGACUUCGGAAGCGACCCAGUGAUGUGGCAUCUGGAGUUCGGGACAGCAGUGCCAACACCAUCACACCCGGUCGAGAGAAGAAGCUCAACUUCGACAACGAAAGCCCGACAAUCAAGGUGUCGCUCUCGGCACGACUCAGUCGACCUUUCAACAUGGAUGUCCCCGAGUCCAACCGUCCGUUCGACAGCAUGUAUCUCGGCAAAGGGGAGAUGAACAGUUCUGCAUCAGGCAAUCGCCUGAGUGUUGCGGCCUCUAGCUCUCUGCGUGGUCCUGGAGGGUAUGGCGGACUUGGUGGAAAUGCCUUCGAUGGCGAGAACGACACGGCUCUGCCAGACAUGGCUCUCAGCCAGCAGGCCACCAACGAAGCUGGAGACAAGGGUGCAUUUCAUGGCUUGUGGAACAGCAAGCGCAUAGUAAGUGACUUUCUGAAGAGGAGGCGCACGCGUGUGUUUAGCAGUGAUGAGAGGGGAAGGGAGGAGUCACCAGCAUUUGUAUAA